UUUGAAAUUGAAUCGCGAUUUCAAGUGUUGAGACAAUCAGUGGUUUUGAGUUUAAUUGCAAUUAAAUCACACAUUAAUUGCUAGAAAUGUCUCAAAUCAACGCUUAUGUUAUAUCAAAGAAACUCCUGAAUGCGACCACUUUUGGUCAGAUCCGACUCAUACACGGGUCGUCCACAUGUCUGGCCAAACAGAUACCGAUGAGUCGUUUCGACAAAGACUCGUAUAUUCCGUACGAAAAACUGCAAAAUAAUCUCAAAGUUGUCAAAAAGAGACUGAAUCGUCCGCUCACUCUAUCGGAGAAGAUAUUGUACUCGCAUUUGGAUGACCCGAAAGGGCAGGACAUCGCUCGCGGACAGAGCUAUUUGCGGUUACGGCCCGAUCGGGUGGGUAUGCAGGACGCGACGGCGCAGAUGGCAAUGUUGCAGUUCAUCUCCAGUGGUCUCCCGAGAGUAGCCGUUCCCUCGACUAUACAUUGCGAUCAUCUGAUCGAAGCGCAAGUCGGCGGCGAUAAGGACUUGGCCCGAGCGAAGGACAUCAACAAAGAGGUCUACAACUUCUUGAGCACCGCUGGCGCCAAAUACGGGGUCGGCUUCUGGAAGCCCGGCAGUGGUAUCAUUCAUCAGAUAAUUCUGGAGAAUUACGCCUUUCCUGGAGUUUUGCUCAUCGGAACCGAUAGUCACACCGUAAACGGCGGCGGAUUAGGCGGUCUAUGCAUUGGUGUCGGCGGUGCCGACGCUGUGGACGUUAUGGCCGACAUUCCGUGGGAACUGAAGUGUCCGAAUGUGAUUGGCGUUAGGCUGACGGGUAAACUGAGCGGUUGGACCUCUUCUAAGGAUGUGAUCCUUAAAGUGGCCGACAUAUUGACAGUAAAGGGCGGAACCGGUGCUAUCGUCGAGUACUUCGGACCGGGUGUGGACUCGAUCUCAUGCACGGGAAUGGGAACUAUAUGUAAUAUGGGCGCAGAGAUCGGCGCNCAAAUCCGCGCCACCAUUGAGAGGGACGGACAGGCGGAAGAGUUGCGCAAAUUUGGAGCUCUUGUAUUGGCCAACGCUUGCGGUCCUUGUAUUGGCCAAUGGGAUCGUAAGGAUGUGAAGAAAGGCGAGAAGAACACAAUCGUCUCGUCCUAUAACCGCAACUUCACGGGUCGUAAUGACGCCAAUCCGGCCACUCAUGCGUUUGUCACUUCACCCGAAUUGGUGACCGCACUCGCGAUCGCCGGUCGACUGGACUUUAAUCCUCUCAAAGACGAACUGACCGGCGCUGACGGCAAGAAGUUUAAACUGGAUGCGCCCACCGGUGACGAGUUGCCGUCGCGUGGCUUCGAUCCCGGACAGGACACAUAUCAGGCGCCACCCGUUGACGGAAAGGGCAUUUCUGUGGACGUCGACCCCAAGAGUAAACGCUUACAACUGUUGGCCCCGUUUGACAAAUUUGAUGGAAAGGACUUAACAGAUAUGGUUGUCCUCAUCAAAGUGAAGGGCAAGUGUACAACAGAUCACAUCUCAAUGGCCGGACCGUGGCUUAAAUAUAGGGGUCAUUUGGACAACAUCUCCAACAAUAUGUUUAUUGGAGCGAUUAAUAUUGAGAAUAAUGAGGCGAAUAAUGUGAAGAAUCAAUUGACUGGUGAAUGGGGUGCAGUGCCCGACACGGCCCGCGCCUACAAAGCAAAAGGUGUCAAAUGGGUUACCGUUGGCGACGAGAAUUACGGUGAGGGCAGCAGUCGAGAGCACGCGGCUCUCGAGCCCAGACAUCUCGGCGGACGCGCUAUUAUUGUCAAGAGUUUUGCCAGAAUUCACGAAACUAAUCUGAAAAAGCAGGGAAUGCUUCCGUUGACGUUCUCUAACCCUAAAGAUUACGACAAAAUCCAACCGACAGACAGAAUAUCAUUACUUGAUCUGAAGAGUAUCGCUCCCGCAAAGGCCGUCAAAUGCGAAAUUAAACAUAAGGACGGCUCGAAAGACGUGAUUGAAUUGAAGCACACAUUGAAUGAUCUACAGAUCGGAUGGUUUAAAGCCGGCUCUGCUCUCAACAGAAUGGCUGAAGUGAAGAAAUAAUGCACUUUUUGUUUGUUUUUUGUUGUUUUUAGCAUUUAUUCAAAUAGUAUAUACAGUUUAUAAGAAAUUAAUAGAUUUUUAUUUAUUAAUUCGCGCCGAAUAUGAAUGUAAUUCGCGUUUAAAUUUAUGCCUAAAUAAUAAUAUCUUACGAAAUACUGG